CAAAUCCCACGGCCAUCACUUCCACAGAGUCGCCUUGCCAUUAAAGCAGACGCAGCACAUGAAUUGACCAUGGCUGCAUCAAGACCCGCUGUGACCCUUCGGUUGUCAGCCGGUCUUAGGGAGAAAGUGCUCCGAUCUGGCUAUAGCACCGUCGCAGAUCUCUCUUCUGUCCCUAUUGAAGACCUCACCUCAGAACUCAAAUUGUCUCCAAAGCAGACGCGUGAAUUGCAGAACCAACUGCAUCCUUCAUCCGUGUCCUGGGUGUCGAUCACCGCUAACCAGACAUUGGAACAAGAGAGGAAAUGGACCCCUAUCACUACAUCCAGUAAAGCCCUUGACAGUCUCUUUGGAGGGCAACAAGGAUUUCCCCCAGGAAAAAUAACUGAAAUAUGCGGGUUGCCGGGAUCGGGCAAGACCCAACUGGGGCUGCAGCUUUGUAUAAACGCACAGAUGCCACGUUCUGCGGGAGGCGCAGCUGGAACUUCUAUUUUCGUGGAUACCGAAGGCAGCUUUGUAGCUAAAAGGGUAGCACAGUUAGCUGUAGCUUGCUCUGAUAGUCUUCACGAACUUGAUGACAGCGCUGGCAUCCCGAAUGCCAUAACUACGGACAGUCUUAUGCAAGGAAUUCAGUAUUGUCGAGUCCAUAGCCCUGUCGAGCUCAUAGCCAUGACCAGGAUACUGAGUGGGAUUGUGCAGGCGCAUCCCAAGACGAAGCUGAUUGUAGUAGAUUCAAUUGCAUUUUUGUUUCGGUCCAAUUUCAGCGACAUGAAUAUGCGGACAAAACUUAUCGCAGCUCUAGGAAGACGGUUGGCGACAAUAGCGCGCGAACAUGACAUCGCAGUCGUUGUCAUGAACCAAAUGACCACCAAAAUAGAGUCGAAUCAACUUCAAAGGGUGCAGCAAACACAUGAACAGUCUUCGGGCAGGGUCCAUCCAGCACUGGGCGAAACAUGGGGCAACAUGUGCACUCACCGUAUACGACUCUAUGUUCAUGCGGAUGGGCAGAGGACCGCCAGGCUGUUUAAAUCACCAACAAUCCAGGAACAAACUGUGCCGUUUCGGAUUAUUAGUGGCGGCAUAUCCGAUGUUGAGGACACGUCGGAGCAGAUCCCCAGCAGUCCAACGGGUGGGGAAGCUGAGCUUGUCCUUGCCCCUGAGGAGGAAAUGAUUUUUUGGGAGCCCAUAGACGCGCCAGCAAGCCCAUAGAAGAACUCUCGAACAUAAACGACCACAUGGUCCGUGCGAUUCA